ACUAUGGAGAAACAAGAUGUGCGGGUCCUAUUAUUUUGGGCUCUGGGAAACACCAACUGUUUAACGCCAACAGUGCAGAUACCUUCAAGGUUUGUCGUGUUCAUUGAGUUAGUGCUCUUCGGAUUGUGACAAGCCUUCAGUUAAUUUCGGGAGUCCUGGGCAUUUUGACUUCAGUCGCCUUUGCCGUUGCAUUUAUGGAGGAGGCCCUAGCACCCCAUUCCAGAAGUCCUGCUGGCCCCUCUUCACUUUUAUCGUGUUUUGUUCCAUUGUAUUGGAACUUCUCUUCCUCUAUGAAAUCUUCUGUUUAUGACUGUGAUUUCUACCAUCUGCUGAAGAUAGGUAAGAACUGGCCAAAUGUAAAUGUGACUUUGUGCCUAUACGACGUCAUGUGACCAAAUCCACAACAUUUAUGAGCCACCAGCCAAGUGGUGUUGAAGCACCGACCGUCUCUUUACUGUCCAAAUGCUGAAUGUCUUCCACUUGUGUAACUGGUCUGCGUGAGGCCACGUGGGCCGCUGCAGUGGUCUCCUAACCUGAUCAGAGCUCCUGAAGGGGAACUCGACUGUAGGAUGGUGGAGAGAGUAGCGCAGGCUCCUUCCUUCGGAAGACAGGCACAGGGAUGUCAGGCUUUGCCACAGUCCUGACAGCUGCCCUCCACAGGCCACAGAGUCCCCAGAGGAGCACCUGCAGUGUCACGAAGAGCUAGGCUGAAAAAAAGGAGACCUUCUUCCAGAAAUGACCAAGACAAGAUCAGAGCAGAGUCCAUUAGAGAGGAGUUUGAGGAGGGCAGGCAGAGCCGAGUCCCUAGACAGCGCAGGCACUGGACCUCACUCAGUGGCUGAGUCCCGAGUCCCUCCACUGCCUGACAUGGACGAGACACUCACGACUCUCUGUUGAAAGCAUGGAAGUUUAAUGAAAGUGACUUGGCUGAAAUUUCUUUAAUGUUUGCUGGUUUCCCUUGAGGCAUGCAUUGUUAAAUUCCCCUUGUGAUCACUCUCACCUUGAGGGCAUCGUAAAGAAAUCCCAUGUAUCGUUAGUAUUUACUUCGAAACCUGCCCAGAGAUCGGCUAAGCUUUUUAUGGCAUUUUUGCAAAUUGAAACACUAAAUAGCACUCUAUUGCUUGGGAAAAGUUGGUGGCUAAGCCAUUCACUCCUAGAAAGUAGUUUCCUGCUUCUGGUUUACUGUUGUAUGAAGGCAAUUAAUUUCGUAGAUGAAUCGCUUUAAUAUUUAUUAUGAGCUCCCAGGGCCCUUGCACAAUCGUGUGCACAUCCCUUAUGCUCCUAGGAUAGAGUGUGUGAUACAUUUUUGCCUUUUUAAAAACAAUUUAUAGCAGCAGGAGUUAGAGGACUCAUAUUUGAGUUCCUAGUCUGACCUGUACUAUCUAGGAGAUGAGGGCAAACCACCUGAUGUUUCUAAGCUUUGAGUUCCUCCUUUUGUAAAAUGGGUACAAAAAUGCUUCUGUUCUAGAAACAUCCAGUACCUUCCAUGGUCAUGGUACAGACUGAAAGAGUUCUGAAUUAAAACACUUCAUAAAAAGUAUAAAACAUCCCUGUCUUUAUCUUCCUGAGGCAGAUUCUUACAAUCCUGCCCACAGACUUGAGGAGCCUUCCUGCUGGGGUGGGAUUUAAGAGAGUUUUUCAGAUGAAUGAGGGCAGGGAGGCAGCUUGGCAGAUGGCUGGUAGGUGGCUCUUGCUGGCGCGGGGAGUCUGUGUGGAGCCGUGGGGGCCGAAGUAGGAGGAGGCAGCAGAGGAGCCAGACGAGGCGGCGGCGGGGCCAGAGCAGGGCAGCCCGCGUGCAAGAAGCAGCAGGAACAUUCAUCUUGGGCCUUUUCAGUGUUUACAGGUUAGACAUCCAUGUGGACUCACAAGUUCUUGGCCAUUAGCUAAAUGGAUGCCAGCGUGUCAUCCUGGUUUUGGCACAACUCUGUACCACUUUAUAGCUUUCUUUUCUCUCCUCCCCUCCAUCUUCCUUCUUUCUCUUUUUCUUCUCCAUUUGUUUGUUUGUUUGUUGGGAACUUGGAGUUGGGGUACACUCCAAGCUGACUUCACCUGGCGCGUAGGGAUUACAGCCCUAAGCCAGUGUCCCACCCAUGCAGCUGACUCUCCUGUGAUGGCAGGUCUAGGGACAGUUUAACUUGAUCCUUCUUCUCAGUGAUAAGAGCUGAAGUAUUUUUGAAUGACAUCUCCAUUCUGACCACUGAACUGUCACAGGGGAAUUCUCAUCAAGAACAGCCUGUAGAGGAGUUCCUUCUUUGGCUCAGUGGGUUAAGGAAUCCAGCGUUGCCGCAGCUGUGGUGUAGGUCACAGCUGCAGUUCAGAGUCAAUCUCUGGCCAUGGGUGUGGCCAAAAAAAUGUUUUAAAAACCAAGAAAAAGAAAAGCCGGUAGAGUAGUUCUGCUUAAAUAUACAAUAAACGUCAAAAACCAAAACCGCAACACAGAAUAAAUUACAGAAAGAAGGUAACCACUUUUCAGGGGGAAAUCAAUUUUUCUCAGAAUGGCUAAAUAUUCAACGAAAAGAUUAUUGGCUGCAAAUAGUAGUCAGUUUUUAUUUCUUGGAGGAAUGGCAGAAAAGAAUGGCAUGGCCCCCUCCUUAAGAAGCCAAGAAACCUCUGUGGAGAGAGAAGAAAAAGGGCGUUUGCUGAGCUCUCUCCGGGAUGGGCGUUAGAUGUUGAAGCUGAGACGCCAGAGAGAAACCGUCUUUCUGUGACCCUCUCCUUAGAGCUGGUGAAACGGUCUUUCCCAAGACCAGCACGUCUCCUCGUGGCCUUCAUCCUCCUCUAUAUUUCAAGGUUGUGUUUCUUCAGCCAUCCUCAUUCUUUCUUGCCUCUUCAGGAUGCUUCUGUUUAAACCUCGUCUCCGAUCUCUUGUGUUGCCGAAACUCAGAGUUCUGAGUGAAGGAGAAAAGCACAACGCUAUUGCUUUGCAGGCAGAGGGGGACACAGAGGGCUCAGGCCUUCAAAACCUGUGUGUUCUUCUCCCCCCUCCCUGCCCCCGAAGAUUUGGUGAGGAGUUUUAUAGCAAUGCUUCAAGGGUGGGGUUGCUAAAGAGGAUCAGGGUCUGUGCAGGGCCAGCCUCCUUUAAUCUGGCCUCGGGGGCUCUCCUGCUGGGCUUCUGGGGUUCUGAGGUCCUCAAACUAUGUGACCUUCUCUCUGGAAUAAAGCAGCUUCGACAAGUAGUUAACAUCUUCCUUUUGUUGGGGGUUUUGGUUCAGCAGAAGAACUCAAAAUAUUGUGCUGUGUGUAUCCCUGAGGUGGGACCAGGACCUGCCCCCAGGCUGCACUCUGGUCUCCUGCCAGCUCCUCCCUGGUCUCCGAAUCCCCUCCCUUCCCUGACCAGCACCUGUUUGAACCUGCCCUUUGGAACCCAGGGAAGGUCAUGGAGGCUGAAUGAGGCCUAUUUCCUGAAAACAAGAAACGAGGGCCACAGAACGGCUUUUGGGCCCAGGGGUUGCAGGGCCCUGCUUGGUCUUGUUUCUGACAUACUCAUGUCUCUGGCUCUGGAGCUGCCCCUCACUCUGCUCAUAAAUUACUGGGCUUUCUCUUUCCUUUCUUCGCAAACCUUUGGAAAUACUCAUUUCCCCUGUUGCUUUGUCUCUUUCUCUUCCCUGUUCUCUCCUAAAUCUUUGCAGUUUGGAGUUUUCUCCCUUCACUCUAUUUCAGCCCUGUUGUCUAGGAUCAGCAAUGAAGUCCUCAUUUUCCCAGUAGUUCUCCUGGGUUGCUGGUCAAAGAAUUAUGGGCCAGAGGGGCAGUGCACUGAGAGGUGUGGGGAUCAGAUCUCCCAGAUUCAAACUCUAGCUGCUGGACCAGCUGUGUAUCUGUGAGUAGUUAUUUAAAAUUUUAUGCUCAGUAAAUUGUGCAAAAAAUCACUGCACCUGUCUAAGAGAGUAGUGAGGAUUAUAUGGGAUACGUAAAAUGUUCAGCACAGAGUAAAACCUCAGAAAUUUAAGAAUAUUUUUAUUGCAUUUGGAAAGCAAAUGAACAAAAUAAUUUUGAGAAAGGGGAGGUGACAGUUAUGGCUGUAUGCUACCCCCUCCCCCCUUCGAGAUGUUAAAAUCUUAACCCUGGGGAAUGUAAUUUCAAUGUAAAAACAAGAGGUCUUACUGGAGUAGAACUGAUGCAAUACUGGCAUCCUAAUAAGAGAGAAGAGCCACACACAGGGAGACCCUGUGUGAUGACCAAGAUGGGGACUGAGGGAUGCAGCCAUAAGCCGAGGAGUGCCAGGGACGGGGGUCACCACCAGAAGCUAGAAAGGACUCUGGCCAGAGUCUCAGGGGAGCAUGGCCUUGCUGACACCUUGAUUUGGGACUCACAGCCUCCACGAUGGAGAGAGGACAUGCAUUUCGGUGGUUUUAAGCCACCCAGUCUCUGGUCCUUUGCUGUGGGAACCCAAGGAAAAUCAUAUACCAAUGAGCAAUCCGAUGCUUCACAGGGCUGGGAAUGAGAAUAGAAAGAGGAUGUGGGCAUCUACAGGCCGGGGGAGCUAAGGGGGCGAGUCUGCCAUGGCUGCAGGUGGCCCAGGUCUGCAGCCUUUCCUGCAGCUGUGGGUUGAGGACAGGGUAGGAGGGUUA